AUGGAGUUUAUAGAGUUCGACUCGUUCCAGGACGAUGAAAUAGCCCAGCCGCAGCCGGCGUUAUCCAUAUCGAUCCCUUCCAACAUUGAGACCUUGAGUAAGAGAAUCCCCAAUCUCAACGGAUUCAAGAAUCUCUUGAAUUUCGAGGACAAGUCCAGCGAACCCCAAACACAAACAAUUGCCAGUGAAAAGUCUGUUGAACUGGACCAGAGCUCUGAAAAAUACGCCCAGAUCUCCUUGAAAAUCAUCGAUCAUGAUGCAGACUCAAAGGAAGUACCUAUAUCAGCUGAAUAUAAUUUGACCACCAGGUUGUCCAAGGUGUUGAAUAACAAUAUCAACGAUAAAUUGGUGAAAGAGAUCUUCAACUUGGAAUUGAACGAGACUGAGUUGAUAGACUCAAGUGUUAUGGGUUCCUUGUCACGAAAGAAGUUGAGAAGCAAAAUCGAAGUCAAUCUUAUAAAGAAUCAGAGUGUUUUCUUGAAGGAGUUCAGUCCUAUGGUCAAGCAGUUUAGACUGAUGGACAACAAGCUUACACAACUAAACAAGUUGAGCGACACAAACAACGAGAGGCUUCACGACAUUUUUCAGGACUUGGAGCAGUUCAACAAGGAGUUUAAGGCAUUGAAUGAGCAAAAGACUCUUGUGAGUCUCAAGAAGAACCUUUUGGUGAACUUCAAAAAGAAGUUCAUUUUGAACGAGUAUGAAGAGUUUUCCAUUAGCAGUAAUGAGGUGAAUGAGGAGUUCUUCAAAGCAUUAGUCAAGUUGGAUGCCAUUAACGAAGCAUCUUCAAUUUUGCUAUCCAUCGAUAAUUCCAACUUGGGAAUGAAUAUCAUGAAAAAAAUCUCAAAUCUCAUUGAUAGAUCCAACCACACCUUGAGUACCUUCGUGAAACGGUCUCUUAUAUACCCGGUUUGGGUAAAUUCUGAUACCAAACUAAAGAACUUCCAUAAUAGUGUCAAGUUUUUGAAAACCAGAAGUCCUCAUUCGUUUGACCAAGUGCUACAAGACUUUGCAACUGACAGAUCAAAGCUGUUGAUCGAAGACUUUAACCGACAAACAGAAAUACUAGGAGCUCAUGAUCCCGUUAGGUAUAUAGGAGACUUAUUGGCCUAUGUGCAUUCUAUGGUGAUCAAUGAAAUCGAGCUCAUGAACUCUAUCUUCAAAGUCAACGAGCGUGAGAUGAAACACGAGUCUUUUAUCACCCAAGACGACAUAAAGAUGUUCACUGAAUGUAUAACAAUAUUGCUAGACAAGAUCUUUGACAGGUUAUCGAGAAGUAUUAAGUCUCGUUUUGAACAAUUGAUAUCAUUAGAGUUGAAAAUCAAGGUGGUUUACUCCAUAUUCAAUUUGUUUGACUUGUAUAAGCUUAUGUUCGAAAAGAACUUCACAAACUCCAAUUCAUUGACCAGAACCAUUCGAGAAUUGAUUUCGUUCACUCAGUUGAGACUUUUUGACCUUACCCAUAAUAACCUCAAAUCAAUCAAGACCAGCAAUCUGGCCCAGUUAGACUUGAACUCAGACCUUCAGCCUCCUGAGUGGAUCAUAGACUUUUACUCAGAUGUACUUCCCAUUGUGGAGCAGUCGAAUACUACCUUUGAUUCGGUGUUUGGUUUGGAUGAGGAAAGGCAAGCUAUGUUUCUCAGUUCCAUUGUCAAUGAACCAAUAGACAUUCUUAACCAGCAUAUUAAAAUGAAAGAGUUUGGCCUGUUGGAGAAAAUCAUUUUGAGGUUGAACUCCAUUGAUUUGAUACUAUCCAAGAUCCUUCCCAUCAAUGUGUUCAACGACAUGGUAAUCGAACUUAAUGAUCUCAUUGAAUCAUUAAAAGAACAGGCUAUUUCCCAGCAGCUCGACUCGCUUUUGAAGAUGUGCAAGAUGUACGAUUUCCACAACAUUAUCAACAUGAUUCUACCGUUUGAUGACAGUUUUUUUGACGUUUCUAUCUAUGAACCCAUUUCCGAAAAUAAUACGUUCAAUGCCCAGAGUAUAAACUUGAUCAACGAUUCUUUAUCGGAAUAUUUACCAACAGCUGUGAUAGACAUCCAAAACAACCUUCUUAAACUCAACAAUCCGCUUAUAUCGAAUGAUAUUGGCGAGAAUUUGUCGUUAUCAUUCGUCAAGUUCUACCUAAAGUUCAACUUGAUAAUCGAACAGUACUUGGACAAGAAACUCAUAUGGUCUGACACAGAGGCAGCUACUCUUUUAGGGGUCGAAGACGCAUAUGGUGAGAUCAAGAAGCACUUGAACAUGGAUCUUUAG